UGAGAAAGCUUAGAGAAAAACUAAAUGGUAAAAAAUACUUGCUUGUAUUAGAUGAUGUCAGGAAUACGAAUUCAGAUUUAUGGGUAGGCUUGAAAUUUUUUUUGAUAGAAAUAGGUGGCUCUAAGGAAAACAAAAUUUUAGUUACUACCCGUAGCAUGGACGUCGUAUCAGCAAUGCGAACAUCCCUGUCUUGCACCCAUCAAUUGACGCAGCUGUCGGACGAUGAUUGUUUAACGAUAUUUAGGACAAAAGCAUUUGGCGAUGGUGGACCAAGGGAAACUCAAAGAUUAUUGGAUAUUGGUAGAAGAAUGGUGGAAAAGUGCAAGGGUGUGCCGUUAGCAGUAAACGCAUUAGGAGGUUUACUGUACUCGAAACAUGAGGAACAAGAAUGGGAGUCCAUUGAGAAGAGUGAAAUGUGGAGUUUACUGGAAAUAAACGAUGAAAUUCUACCAAUAUUGAGGCUUAGUUUUGACCACUUACCAUCACCAUCUUUGAAAAGUUCUUUUGCAUACUGUUCUAUUUUUCCAAAGGAUCAAGUCAUUAUAAAGGACGACUUGAUUCAACUUUGGAUGGGUCUAGGAUAUCUUCAACCUUCUUCAGGAAGAAAGGAGGAAAUGGAAGAGUUAGGCAAUGAGUAUUUUGUAACUUUAUUGCGCAAUUCGUUAUUCGAGGAAGUGGAAUUCGAUGAGUAUAACAAUAUCACAAGUUGCAAGAUUCAUGAUCUUGUUCAUGAUCUUGCACUCCAUGCCUCAAAGGGAACUUGUUUAACUCUGGAUGCUAGUGAGGUGAAGAAUUAUCCCGAUGUUCAACAUUUGUCGUUGAUUUUUACAAAAGAAACACGAUUAGAUAUAUCAAAAGAAAAUGUUGGAAUACUAAGGACACUAUUUUUAGAAGGACAUCUCCCCCAGAACACCAAUGACUUUAAGUGUAUACGUGCCCUGCGUUGUCUUGAAGAAUCUUCUAUGAAAGAAGAAUCUUGUGCAGAAGAGUUGUCUUGUUCAAUACCCAAGUCCAUACAUUUAAGGUAUCUUGACCUCACUAAGACUCCUAUUGUGAAAGUCCCAAAGUUUAUCACCAAGCUCUACCAUUUGGAAACACUGAAACUGCCAUAUAAUAUAAGUGAGCUUCCACCAGAUUUUUGUAAUUUGGCUAGCUUGAGACAUUUUUAUCUUGGAGAGAUAAAUGUACUUGAGAGAUUCAUGGAGCUCCCCAGAGAUUUUUAUAUUCUAGAAACAGGUCGAAAGAGGAGAUUGAUGACAAUGAAUAUAGGGCAAUUGAAAUAUUUGCUAACAUUACCAUUCUUUGUUGUGGGCAAGGGGAGUGGCCAUAGAAUUGAAGAGUUAGGUAGCUUAAGCAAGCUAAGAGGUAGAUUACAUGUUUACGAUCUACAACACGUGAAAGACAAGGAAGAAGCAGAGAAGGCUCAAAUAUUAGGAAAAUCAGACAUUAAAGAGAUUCAAUUUCACUGGGAUGAAAUCCUCGAAGAGUCCAAAAAUAACCAUGGGGAUGUGUUGGAAGGACUCAAACCACACUGGAAUGUUAAGGGACUAAGUCUUAGAAACUUUGGAGGAAGAAGAUGGGCGUCGUGGAUGAGUAGAGAUUACUACUCACUUCUAAUGCUAGUGAAGAUCGAGCUAAUGAACUGUUGGUUGUGUGAGCAAGUCCCAACACUCGGACACCUUCCGCAUCUUGCGAUUGUCAAAAUGGGUGGCUUGAAUAACUUGAAGCAUAUUGGUCACGAAUUUUAUGGACAGGACGAAUGCAUUAUCGAUAACUGCGAUCGUAGAGAGGCAACAGCUCCAAGAAUAUUUCUAACAUUGAGUGAAUUAAGACUUGUUGAUAUGCCUCAACUAGAAGAAUGGUCAUACGUAUCGCCAUUGCUCGCUUCUGCCGCGAGCAUGAUAAACUCCUUCCCUUGUCUUCAGAUUUUAGAAAUUGAAGAGUGCCCCAAGUUGAUAGCCAUUCCAGCAACAUUCAAUGGCUCGACAUCGCUUCAACGACUUUCAAUUAAUGGGUGCACGGAGUUGACGUGUUUGCCAGAAGGGGUGCUACAACCAACCCUUGUAAAAAUAAGCAUAGACAAUUGCCCAAACUUAAAAAAGCUCAAUUCAAUUGACGAAACAGAAGCAGUAGCAGUCAACGGCUCGACGUCCCUUCAACAACUUUUGAUUCGCGGAUGCCCGGAGUUGAUGUGUUUACCGAAAGGGCUGCUACAACCAACCCUUGAAGAUAUGGUCAUAUCUUGGUGUCCAAAGUUGGAGACACCCAAUCCAGAUGCAUUACGCAGCCUCACAUCCCUCAAGCAACUGGAGAUUAGAGACUGUCCAAAUUGGGGGAGGGGUUGGGAGGAGGGGUUGUUUUGCACCACCAACGUUAGAAUAUUGUCUUUAGGUGAUUUCGGAGAGGAGUAUAUAAAAUUACCCUGGCCCUCCACAAGUGCUCCAUCACAACCCUCCACAAGUGCUCCAUCACCACCAUGGAGGCAUCUCACCUCCGUGAAGAAUCUAAGAUUAUAUGGAUGGCCAGAGGUCAAGUCUCUCCCUGAUCAACUUGAGCACCUCCCUGCCUUGAUAGAUUUCAUAAUUCGAGGGUUCAGUGGGUUGGAAUCUCUGCCGGAGUGCCUGCGCAACCUUUCAUCCCUUAAAUAUUUGGGUAUAUUUGAUUGUCCCCUUCUGGAGAAAAGAUGCGAAAAGGGAGGCGAAGAUUGGCACAAGAUUGCUCAUAUUCCACGCAUUUAUAUAGAUAAUAGGAAAAUACAGGGGAGCUAAAGUGUAGCCUCUCCUUGCAGAUGAAGAAUGAAACUCCCCUACGAAUCAUGUAAGUUUUUAUUUACUGCAUUUUCUUUUGUUUGCUUAUUUUCAGACUCGGUUCUCUAAAUGUAAUAACGGCCUCGG